CUUCUAUAUGCUGGCAUCGUGAUCGGGUCGAUCGCUAACGAAAGUCGUUAACUUUAUUCGUGAUUUGAAAAAUAUUUAAAUACAAAAAUAUACAACACUCGAUGCCUACACAAAAAUAGUUUAAUAAACUCUUUGAUUAAGUUGAUAUUUUGCUCUCGAAAUGUUUCCAAAUCAAAGUAAUGUGGGCGCUGCUGGCCCUGGACCUGAUGGCCAGACCCUUAACUAUAAUGGUCUGCCCCAGCCCCCGCAGCAGCAGCAGCAGCAAUCACAGCAAUCGCAGCAAUUAUCACAGUCUGCCAAGAAUGUGCGAAAGAAACCCUAUGUAAAGAUCACAGAGCAGCCAGCUGGCAAGGCUUUGCGUUUUCGUUAUGAGUGCGAGGGACGUUCGGCUGGUUCCAUACCCGGUGUUAAUUCCACUCCCGAGAACAAAACUUAUCCAACCAUAGAAAUUGUCGGCUACAAGGGACGCGCCGUUGUGGUGGUCUCUUGUGUCACAAAGGACACGCCAUAUCGUCCUCAUCCGCACAAUCUUGUUGGCAAGGAAGGCUGUAAGAAGGGAGUCUGCACACUGGAGAUAAAUAGCGAGACAAUGCGAGCUGUAUUCAGUAAUUUGGGUAUACAAUGUGUUAAGAAAAAGGAUAUUGAAGCAGCGCUCAAGGCACGAGAAGAGAUACGAGUCGAUCCGUUUAAGACUGGCUUCUCGCAUCGUUUCCAGCCCUCAAGUAUUGAUUUGAACUCGGUUCGCUUGUGCUUUCAAGUAUUUAUGGAGAGCGAACAGAAGGGUCGUUUCACAUCGCCCCUGCCUCCGGUUGUAUCUGAACCCAUCUUCGAUAAGAAGGCCAUGUCCGAUCUGGUCAUUUGCCGUUUGUGCAGUUGCUCGGCAAGUGUUUUGGGCAAUACACAAAUCAUUUUGCUAUGCGAAAAGGUGGCCAAAGAGGAUAUCUCAGUGCGUUUCUUUGAGGAGAAGAACGGACAGAGCGUUUGGGAGGCUUUCGGUGAUUUUCAACACACAGAUGUCCAUAAGCAGACUGCCAUAACAUUCAAGACCCCGCGAUAUCAUUCGAUUGAGAUUACGGAACCGGCCAAGGUGUUCAUUCAGCUGCGUCGGCCAUCGGAUGGUGUUACCAGCGAGGCAUUACCCUUUGAAUAUGUGCCAUUGGAUUCAGAUCCAGCACAUUUGAGGCGAAAACGUCAAAAGACUGGCGGUGAUCCCAUGCACUUAUUACUGCAACAACAGCAGAAACAACAAUUACAGAAUGAUCAUCAGGAUAGUAGACAGAAUAACAUGAAUUGUUGGAAUGCGCAAAAUAUUCCGCCCAUUAAAACCGAACCCAGAGAUACCUCACCUCAGCCAUUUGGCUUAUAUAGAGCUCCGCCGGAGCUGACACCUUCACCUCAGCCGUUGUCGCCAUCGAGCAACUAUAAUCAGAAUAGCACACCAUCGCCCUACAACAUGCAGGUAGCAGGAGCAGCACCAACGCCCACAAAUCCCCAGCUCAUGUCGCCAAAUCAUACACAACAGCAGCAGCAACAACAACAGCAGCAGCAGCAGCAACAACAACAACGACAACAAUAUGCUGCUGGAGGCAAUCUGGAAAUGGGACAGAACUACAAUCCAUUUGCCCAGCAAGUGAUGGCUCAACAACAGCAACAUCAACAGCAGCAGCAGCAACAACAACAACAACAGCAGCAGCAGCAACAUCAACAGCAGCAGCAACAACAACAGCAGCAGCAGCAUCAACACCAACAACAGCAACAGUCUCUGCAAUUCCAUGCCAAUCCUUUUGCCAAUGCUGGUAAUCCUGCCCAUUGGGAGACUAAAUUCUCACCUGCUGCUGCUGCGGCUGCUGUUGCUGUUGCUACUGGUACAACGGCAGCUCCCAACAAUGCUGUCAGCAGCAAUAAUGGCAACAAUAUAAGCAAUCUCAAUAACCCCUUUACAAUGCACAAUCUGUUAACUUCUGGUGCAGGUGCUGCUAAUAAUUUGCAAUGGAAUUUAACCACAAAUCAUUUGCAAACUCAACAAAAUCUGCAGCAGCAGCAACAGCAACAGCUACAACAGCAGCAGCAACAUCCCACGCCCAUGCAGCAAUACGACAGCAGCAACACCAAUAAUGUCAAUAACAACACAGAGAAUGGUCCAACGAUCAGUAAUUUGCUUAGCUUUGACAGCGAGCAAUUGGUACGCAUCAAUUCCGAGGAUCAGCAAAUGUUGCGACUCAAUUCUGAAGAUCUGCAAAUAUCAAAUCUAUCAAUAUCGACAUAAAACUGAAAACUUAAAUCUUAUCUCGGACUUGGUCGUCAGCAAAAAACAAAACAAAAAAAUAAAACAAAUGGUUGUUAGUUUGAUUUUAAUUCUGUUUUAUGCAAAUUGUAAUAUGUGUGUUUUUAGGUUUAACUAUAAAUAAAUUAAUCGUUUUAGAAGUA